AUGAGUUUAUCUAAAUCUUCAUAUAUGAUGUACUUUCAAGAAAAUUAUAAUAAUAUGAACAAAACGAAUAGUUUUCAUAAUUUUAAAAAAUUGGAUCACGAUACUGAAAGAUUUUUUACUAAGAACAACCACACUAAUAAUAAGCUAAUUCCUAAAGUAAAUGUUUCUAAAGAUCCAAAUACUUUAUCUAACGUAAAUACGUACCCAAAAAGAUUUAGUUGUGGAAAAUUAACUGGAGAAACAUGUGUGAAUUUAUAUAAUGAAAUUACACCAGAACUUCCUUUAAACUUUAAGAAAAAAAAUAAAAAUACAACAUUGAAAAAUAUUAGAAAAGAAUAUUCUCAGAAUACUUUGAAAGAAAAAAUAGCAACUAAAUUAGCUAGCUUCAAAGAUCUUACUAAGGAUUCUUUUUCUACAGGAACUAUAAUGAAUGAUGUGUUAGAAUAUCUAAACCAAUUAGAAAUUGAAUUAGAAAAAAGCUGUAGAAGAAACGCUUACCACAAAGAAAAUAUUGGACUUAUUGACCAAGUUGAAAUUACAAAUAAAAAUUACCAUUUUAAAGAUAUGAGCACCUCUAUUAAUUAUCCACAUUAUGAAUCUUUAAUUCCUGAAAACGAAUAUGAUACAGUAAUUUUUACACCAAUGGAAGAAUCUGAAAAUGGUGAAACAAAACAAUUUUGCCAGCAAAUACAGAAAGAUAAUUAUUUGGAAGAAUUGUUCCAAUCAAAUGACAAUAUAACUAAUACAAUAUCUGUUGUGGAUUCUAGUAUUUUGAAUGAUAUAGAAGCAAAUGAAAUAUUACAUGAGCCAUUAGUAAUACGACAACCAAUAGAUUUAAAUAAUACCAAAAAAAAAAUUGAGAAAUUAAUCGAUGAAAUAGAAAUAUUCCAAAAACGUAACAUUAUUUUACCAUAUGGCAGGUAUAAAGAAGUAGAUUCUUCAAGUAAUUAUGGGUUUUUAAGAAAAAAGUUAUUUUUCCAUUCGACAUCUUAUUUAAGAAGAAAAUCAAUAAUUAGCGAUGAUCCCUUUUACAAGAAUGAAUAUAAAAACAAAAUCUUUAAAAAAUAUAUAUUAUCAGAUAAAUAUUUAAAGGAAUCACAGGAGUUUCCAAAUUCAUUUUUUUCUCUAUAUCAAAUUUUAAAAGAAUUAUUCAAAGUUGCUCAUGAAGAAACUUUUAGAGAAAAUACUGAUGCUCCUAAUCAUUAUAGAAAGAGUAAUAUCGAAAAAAUUGACAUUCAAGACAGAAAAACAAUAAAGGAGAUAAUAAAUACUUUAUGGAGUGAUUAUUUUGAAUAA